GGUCAGCGGAAUCAUGGGCUCCAGUGGAGCAGCGACAGCGGCCACUUUUGGCCGUGGAAACAGGUUUAGCAACGACGAAGAAACCGACUACCAGUUUAUUUUGCCUCAGCUGCCAAAAGGACGAAUUGUUAAUAACACCGUGUUUCUACAUGGUGACGUACGAGCGAGGCCGUAUAAGGUCGAGGAUUUUAGGGAUGAUCUAACGCCCACGGGCCUGCUACCGGAAGUUGUGUGCCUUGGGGCGUACCAAGUGAAUCAUGUCUGGGCAGUGACCCUCGGUGAUGCUGCUGCAACAAAGCGACUGUUGGCUUUCAAAGAGAUACAGGUUAAGGGGCGGCGAUGUCUUAUCGUCGACCCUCAGGACCAGCAGGUGAAGCUUCGGCUUCACUGGUUGCUACACGGCGUGGAAGACGAAGAUGUGCGGACUGCGUUGGCGGCCUUCGGCAAGGUGGUUGAGGUGAGCCGGGAGAAGUGGCGUGUUCAAGGCGUUGAGGAGAAAUGUUCGACCACGAGGACCGUUCUUCUCAAGCUGAAGGGCGGACUGAAAGUGGAAGAUAUUCCUCACCAGAUACGCGUUGCAGGGGAGUUGGCCUUGGUGGUGGUACCCGGUCGUCCGAUGCAAUGCCUACGCUGCCAAGGCACGGGGCACGUCAGGCGGGACUGUAAGGUUCCGCGAUGCUCGCGUUGCAGACGCUUCGGGCACGUCGACGCCGACUGCGUCAAGACUUUCGCUACUGCGACUAGCCCAGUCACGAGUGAAGAGGCGGCAGCACACGUCAUGGAUGCAGUUGAGACCGAAGACGCUGCCAAGGGAGCCGGAGAACAAGUGCCCCCAGCGAAGACAAGUACCACGACGGUGCCGGAGGUCGCUGACGCCAAGGUCGUCCAAGGCGCUGAGCAGGUUACUGGCCCGGCAAGUGUCGACAAGGACAAAGAUCCUGCGAAGGCAGGCGCGAGUGAAGCUGAACGGGACGACGACGAGUCAGCGAUGCAACAGGGCGAGUACGCUGACGGAGGGGACCGGGCCGCUGGUCUCGGUGCCUCAUCCAAGCGCCCCCGUGACGAGGCCGGAGACAAGAACAACGCAGCAUCCAGCACUAGUGACGGGCCGCCGGCGAAGGCGCCUCAAGGGAGGCGGUCGGUCUUCAAGCCUAAGCCAAAUGUUCCGCUCGAGAGAAGGCCUGGUGAAAAAGUGCAGCAGACGAACACCACCGGGAAGACCGGCGGUCCCGGAGGCGGCUAGCCGAGGGCUGGUCGUGAAGGGGACACUCUCGGUGAAGACAUUCAUGGAAGAACGUGGAACCAUGUCUUCUUGCAUUGCUGGGCCGGGGUGUUUUUUUGGGAUGUCCUACAACGAACAAUGAAGAAAG